GUGGAUUACUCAAUCUAUUAAGACCUUCCAGAGAAAAUUCUUUUGAUAGCGAAGAUUUCAUCUAAUGCUAUUAAAAUUGAUGUGUUUACUUGUAUUUUCAUCGAUUGCCUUAUAAACAUCUCCGAAUGCUCCAUAGCCUACUUUCUCUUAAAGAAUAAAUUAUUGGACUUUUUUAUUAUCCUACAUUAUCAAACAAAAUUUACAAAAAAAGCAAAUUAAAUAAUGAAAUUAAUCUCUCAACCAUCUCUUUAACUAUAAAUCAUCGAACUUAUGACAAAAGGAUUCUGAAAGUAGAAAUAGUUACUAUUUAAUAUUAUUUUUAAUUAUAAUAAAAUUUAGAGGAAUCACGCGUACAUAAUAGCUGGUUGGGAAAUCGAAAAAAUUAUAUUAAACCUACUUAUUAAUUUUGCUGCUUUUUUAAUAUUCACAUGACAUUAGACGAACUUGAGACACUACUGUGAUUGCCUGUUUUUACUAUACUUAAAUAAAAAUGAUUGGUGUAUGUAAAAUAAUUAUGAUAAGAAGUAAAUUAUCAAAAAUGUUGGUAUAUAAAUUAAUAAAAGGAAGUGUGAAGUUAGAAUUCAUUAAUUACAAUAUUACUAGGGAC